AUGGCUUCGACUCACUCCCAAGCUCUACACAAUUUCAUCCUCACGCCUCAACAGCAGAACUUGCUGUUCCGCGCUCUCACAUCGAACCAACAAGGCGGCAAUAGCAGCAGCUCAAACAGCGCCAUGGCUCUCUCGCCUGAUUCUUUGUCUAAGUCUCCUGCCCAGGUCCAGAAGACCGAACCCAACCUAGCCUCCCCGACCGGUACCUCCAAUGGUCUUCAAGAGAGUCCUUACUUGGAUUAUGAUUACGAUCUUGGACCUGAUACUAGUUUCGAUUUCGACUUCGGUCAGGAUGGCCAAGCAAAGAUGAUUGGGGACCUUCCAGGAACGUCGCCCACUGACGACUCUAAAGCCAGUUCUCCCGAAGAGGAGAGCCCUGAUAAGAGAGGCCACCCAGAUGAUGAGGAUGAGGACGAGGAUGAGGGUGGAGGCAAGCGAAGGGAGAGCGAAGGAAAGGUUCCCAAGAAACCCGGUCGCAAGCCUCUUAUGAACGAACCCAGUUCGAAGAGAAAAGCACAAAACCGCGCAGCUCAGCGUGCAUUCCGAGAGCGCAAAGAGAAGCAUCUGAAGGACCUUGAGACGAAAGUAGAGGAGCUUGAGAAAGUCUCUACGGAAACGAACAAUGAGAACUCUCAACUGCGCGCUCAAAUCGACAAGCUGACGAUGGAAUUGAACGAGUACAAGAAAAAGUUGACACUUCUUAAUAGUCCCCGCCCAGUCACUGGUAGCAGCAACCCAAGCCGCAAUGCAGUAUUUGGCAAUGCCGCUAUACAAAACUUGAACGACGUCAACUUCCAAUUCGAGUUCCCUAAAUUCGGUGUCCUUCCUGGGCCUCAGAGCUCUUACGCAAAUCCUAUCCCUAGGACAUCGUUGUACCACACUUCAUCGUCCGGCAACAGCCCAAACAGCCAGAAUAGUCCCACAGAUAAAUCUAAGGACCAGGCUACUCCUAACUCUACUAAGAGUCGGGAGAAUUCUGACUCACAAUCCAAGGAUGCGUCAUCGAAAUCUUCGGGCUCUCCCUACGAUAGCACUUUCGGUGCCAGUGUGUCCAGAACCAGUCUAGAUUCUAGCCACAACAGCGUGAACGGAGCAAACACGGGCUCUCCUUGCUCGUCGACGGCGAACUCUAAUAUGGGACCCAGCUCUUCUUGCGGAACCUCUCCUGAGCCAUGUACUCAGUCACCAAUGGGCUUCAAGCCUGUAGAUACUCUUACAACAAUCGGCGAGGAACAACCGUCUUUGACAACUGAUUCUAUGAACCAUUUUAACAACCUAAGCAACGUGGACUUUUCUAGCAUCGACUGGAUGUCACAGCAAAAUGGUGGCCAAUUCGAUCCGCAGCUUUUCGGUGACUACCGAGAGCCGCAGGAUAAUAUUCUCUCCAGCGCUACCUUCGAUGAUAGCUUCUUUAACGAUGCCUUUGACGUUGACUUUACAACGCCCUAUAACGUAGCACCAAGCCCCAACGCACCCAACGCGCCCAAGAAGAACCUCAUUGCCGAGAUCGACGCCCGCAAGGAGUCUGAUGAUACUAUCCUGACUAACAACGGAAAGUUGCUCACUUGUAACAAUAUAUGGGAGAAAUUGCAAGCCUGCCCCCGCGUGCAGUCCGGAGAUCUUGAUCUUGACGGUCUUUGCUCCGAUCUUCAGAAGAAGGCCAAGUGUGGUGGCUCCGGUGCCGUUGUUGAUGAGCAGGACUUUAAGGCCGUGAUGACCAAGUAUCUAGGUGUUGAUGCUAGCGGAAAGUGCACCUCGUCCAUAACCGGGAAGGUUUCGCUGUAA